GAUACACCGCUUGACACAUUUGAGUGGAUGGAGUCGGAGUUGACUUAAAUUCACUCAAAUUACGUAUUUUGGGUUAACGUGGUCGCAUGUCCUGUAUCAGGGGAAGGCAGAUACAAGGUGUCAGCAACAACAACGUUGGAGUUUAAGCAAUGGCAGCAUUGUCGGAGGAGGUGCUGCUGGUCCUGAAAAGGGUGCGACAGAGGAAACAGGAUGGCACUCUAUACCUGAUGGCUGAGCGAAUAGCGUGGGGCCCAGAGGGCAAAGACCGCUUCACCGUUAGUCACUUGUAUGCAGACAUUCGCUGCCAGAAGAUCAGCCCUGAUGGCAAAGCCAAGAUUCAACUUCAGUUGGUCCUUCACACUGGUGAGAGCACCACAUUCCACUUUGCCAAUGAAAGCAGUGCCCUCAAAGACCGUGAUGCUGCUAAGGACCUGCUACAACAGCUGCUACCCAAGUUCAAAAAGAGGGCAAACAAGGAACUAGAAGAGAAGAAUAGAAUGCUACAAGAAGAUCCUGUGCUUUUUCAAUUGUACAAAGACCUGGUUGUCAGUCAAGUAAUCAGUGCAGAAGAAUUCUGGGCCAACAGGUUGAGUAUGAACAACGUGGGUGUCUCUCUCUCCAACAACAAGCAGGAUGUUGGCAUAUCAGCAGCCUUUCUGGCGGACAUAAGGCCGCAGACAGAUGGCUGUAAUGGCCUAAGAUACAAUCUCACUUCUGAUAUUAUCGAGUCCAUCUUCCGAACAUACCCAGCAGUGAAAGAAAAGUAUGGAGAGAAUGUACCGCACAACCUGACAGAAAAGGAGUUUUGGACCCGUUUUUUCCAGUCCCACUACUUCCACAGAGAUCGCAUCAACACCGGCCUUCAGGAUAUUUUCUCAGAGUGUGCUAAGCAGGAUGAAAAGGGCUUGAAAUCCAUGGUGAUACAAGGAGUGAAGAAUCCUUUGGUGGACCUAAUGUCACUGGAGGACAAGACGUUAGAUGAGGGCUAUGGAGUCUCUACAGGUCCCUCAUCAAGCUCGAACAAGACUGUAAAGGAGAACAGCAACUCGGCUAUCAUCAAGCGUUUCAAUCAUCACAGUGCCAUGGUGUUGGCAGCUGGUUCAAGAAAGGGGGAAGCGCCUAAUGAUCAAGCCAGUGAAACAAGCAGUACAGAUGGAAACUCGAGGGACUCUGACUUUUUCCAGCCACCCAUUAAGAAGGUGAAAAUACAAGAGGCCAUAGAAUACGAAGACCUGCAGAAGGAAGUUGGACUGAAAACAGUUGCUUUGAACCUCAAGAAAUCUGAUAGGUACUCUCAUGGCCCUGUGCCCCUGCAGUCCCAACAGUAUACCACCAGCCAAGACAUCAUCAACUCUGUCAACUGCGUCCAGAAUGAGAUGGCCAACUACAAGCCGUGCCUUACUCGGGUGGUGUCCAGCAACACAGCCAGUUCUGCCAUCUCUGCCCUUUCACCCGGGGGCAUACUCAUGCAAGCAGGCACACAACAAGCCAUAAAUCAGAUGGUGCCCAGUGAUGUUCAGGGGGAACUGAAGCAUUUGUACACAGCAACAGGAGAGUUGUUAAGGCACUUCUGGUCAUGCUUUCCUGUAAACACACCGUUCUUGGAAGAGAAGGUGGUGAAAAUGAGGUCGAACCUAGAGAGAUUCCAAAUGACCAAGCUGCGCCCCUUCCAAGAAAAGGUUCAACGUCAAUAUUUGAGUAUGAAUCUCACGGGUCACUUGGAGGAGAUGCUACAGACGGCAUACAAUAAGUUCCAUGCCUGGCAAACUCGCCGCAUGUUGAGGAAGACUUGAGGAACACGGUGCUGCUGAUGACACGUGAGAGAGGCAAGGGAACAGGAAGGGGCAUAGACCUCCAACAGGCUUCUGUAGCAGAGCACACAGAAACACAAACCUGACAGGGUCUACUGGGGCUGUACAGACACGGAUGGCUGCUACUGUACAUCCCUACACGUUAAUAACUGCAUCUCAACCACAAAUGACUAUAAUUAGUUCAUUUCUGUUCUGUUUUUUCAAUGGACUGGAUGCAGUUCCAAACCAGUUGAACCACCAGACACAAUUUAAUAGUGGUAUAAAAUGACCAAACUUAAGAAAAUCUAAUGAGGGACUCUGGAAAACAAAGGAUAUGGACUUUUUGAGACUUUUAUGGACUUUUUGAUGGACAAGACUGAAGAUGGAAAGCUCAAACAAAUCAAGGCAGUCCAUCUGAGCCCUGAGCCUUUUCAGGGACUUGAGUUCUAGUAAACCUGGGCUGUUGACGGGAGGGAAAAAUAGCAAUACUGAAAAGACAAUUUCACUAUAGUGCUUUAGAAUGUGUGCCCCAAUCACACAGAAACUGCACUGGUUCGUAAUGUCUGCGCCUUCUAGAUGCACUGAAGACAAACUCUGGAUGUUACAUAAAAAUU